AUGAGCGGUGCACACAGUGACUACCCUGAAGUCGUUUUCAAUGCCGAGCAGCGAGCGUUCGUUUAUAUGGAAAUAAUAAUAAAUCAGAAUCCGACGACAGUGCGGCUGCAUCCACUUCAAAACGAAAUCGUCGCCGAUUUUCGACACUUGUUUACCAAAAUCGAUGUACAAUUGAUCACGAAAAUCGACUAUAUCCAAAUGAGAGCGACACCGGGAUGUCUAGAGUUUAUCAGAAAAUAUGAGCCGAAAAUUCCCGAUGGUCUUUGUAUGGCUUUUCUGAGGCAUGACGCUUCAAAGUCCGUCUCCAGCGACAACAUAUUCAACGCUCCUAGGGUCUUCGAAAUGGCAGUUGAAAUGGUUCGAAAUGUAGAAGGUGUGAAUGAGCGGAAUCAAGAGGCAUACACCUCUCAUCACUUGGAAAUACAAGCAACGACGAAGAUGAUAUUCUAA